AUGACGAGUCGUCAACGUGGUGCGAACGAGGAGCUCCUCUCGAAAUAUGAUGAUAUUAUGGACGAACAGGAGCAGGAAAAUGUGAUCCAGCAGAUUCGCCACGACAAUGACAAGGCCAACUUCGUCUACCGUGCUGGUAUGCUGGUGGUGUACACGCUGGUGGUCUUCCUAUACCUGACGCCGAUCCCCUCCUACUUGUUGGGCAACCACAGCAAAAGCCAUGUUACGUUGUACCUGCAGCACCAUUCAAUCAUUGGAACGGAGGAUGACUUGACGUAUCUGCCGGCGUUCCCCAUUUAUAUGUUUAUCUUUGGCUUUCUUACCUAUAUCAUGUUCUUAGCUGGCCGUGAGUGUGCUUCCCGCGCAGGCCUUGUGAAGAUGAAGGGCGUGGCUUUCCCUGCGCAGCCUCAUCCUUUCGGAACUGCGCCUGGAUGGCUUGUGCCUGUGCUGCGUGACCUUCGCCUGCAGCCCACGAAGAAUGUGAAGGCGGACCCCACGCAGCAGUCCGAGGGUCAGCACCUCGCCAAGGUUCUGCCGCCUCAGAUUGUCUACUUGGGCUUCCUGUGGGUGUGCACAUGGCCUGCACCGCUGCUUACCUUUGGUGCCGGUGCCUUCUUGGAUGCGGCUUGGUGGACGUUCCCCUUCGGCGCUUUGGGCAUUCACCUUCUUAUUGAAUGGUGGAUCCACAAGGCGGAGCGCGAGACGAUUGGUUUGUCGAAUCUGAAGUACAACUACAAGGGUGCGUAA